UUUAAUUUAUGAGAAGCCCCACUGACAGACACUCACGGGUUUCAUCAUGGGGCUGUGCUACAGUCUGCGGCCCCGGCUCUUCGGGGACCUGAGCGGCUCGAUCUCCAACGCGACCUCGGACUCGGACCAGCCUCCGGACGCCGCCGUGCCGACCCGCGCCGGGGGAGCCCGCCAGGAGGACACGGGGGGAUGCGGGGAGACGUCGUCCCUACGCGGCGGCGGCGGCGGCGGCCUGGUGCGCCCCGGGGAGCCUGCCCGGCUCCCGGCCGGGGAGCACCGCCGCGGAGACGCCGGUACCGACGGGGUGCUCAUUCAGAACGGAGGCGGCGGCGGCGGCGGCGGCGGAGGCAAGGGGACCGGGAAGGACCGCGGCCGCCGCCUGCAGCUGCUGCAGAAGACGAGCACCCACAAGCAGAAGAACUGGGACAAACUGCUGGUGGAGGAGAAGGAGGCCGAGAAGGAGGCGAAGAAAGUCAGCAAGAACAUCGACAAGGCGCUGAAGGAGCUGAAGCGGGAGUACAAGCAGACGCACCGGCUGCUGCUGCUCGGUGCGGGAGAGUCCGGAAAAAGCACCAUUGUGAAGCAGAUGAGGAUCCUACACGUCAACGGCUUCAACGCGGAAGAAAAGAAACAGAAAAUCCAAGAUAUUCGGAAAAACGUGAAGGAUGCCAUAGUGACUAUUGUGUCGGCGAUGAGCACUUUAAUACCCCCAGUCCCGCUAGCCAACCCAGAGGACCAAUUCAGAAUCGAAUACAUCAAAAGCAUAGCACCACUCUCUGACUUUGACUAUUCACAGGAGUUCUUUGAUCACGCAAAGAAGCUGUGGGACGACGAAGGAGUGAAAGCAUGCUUCGAGAGGUCUAACGAAUACCAGCUCAUCGACUGCGCACAAUAUUUUCUGGACAGAAUCGACUCUGUAAGACAGAGCGACUACACACCAACGGACCAGGACCUGCUACGCUGCCGAGUGUUAACUUCAGGGAUUUUCGAGACGAGGUUCCAAGUAGAUAAAGUGAACUUCCACAUGUUUGACGUUGGGGGCCAGCGAGAUGAGAGGAGAAAAUGGAUCCAGUGCUUUAACGACGUCACUGCUAUCAUCUUCGUGGUGGCCAGCAGCAGCUAUAACAUGGUAAUAAGGGAAGACAACAACACCAACCGGCUACGAGAAGCCCUGGACCUCUUCCGCAGUAUUUGGAACAACAGAUGGUUACGCACUAUAUCGGUCAUAUUAUUCCUGAACAAGCAGGACAUGCUGGCUGAGAAAGUAUUAGCUGGAAAAUCCAAAAUUGAAGACUACUUCCCCGAAUAUGCUCGCUACACCAUACCAAAUGAAGCAACUCCCGAACCCGGUGAAGACCCGAGAGUGACGAGAGCGAAGUUCUUCAUCCGAGACGAGUUUCUUCGGAUCAGCACUGCGAGCGGCGACGGCAGACACUACUGCUACCCACACUUCACCUGCGCCGUGGACACAGAGAACAUCCGGCGGGUGUUCAACGACUGCCGGGACAUCAUUCAGAGAAUGCACCUGCGGCAGUACGAACUCUUGUGAUGGGAGACCGUCUCCGUCAAGCCUUCUGUGUUUCUCCUCCACCCUCCUGCAUCCCCGAC